GGGAGAAAACUCAUUGGUGACGCGAAGCCUUCACGUGACCUGGAGCUGCAGAACGGUGCAGCCUUUGGAGCAGUCGUCAUUCCCGGCUGGAUACCAGCUCCCCGCUGCCCUGGGUCGGGCGGGCUGGCACUGGGCCUGAGGAAAGCGGAGCAGGUCUGCAGGUCUAGGUGUCAAGUGUUGCAGCAGCACACGCACGGCGAGAAUCAGGAGGAAGGAGGCUGCAAGGAUAGGCCCAGGAGUAAUGGCGUCCAAAGAGGAACACGCAGUAAAAAAUCUCAACAUGGAAAAUACCGACCAGGGAAAUGAAAAAAAUGAUGACAAUGAGCAAGUUGCUAAUAAAGGAGAUCCCUUGGCCCUCCCUUUGGAAACUGGUGAAUAUUGUGUGCCUAGAGUAAAUCGUAGGCGGUUCUGUGUUAGGCAGCCCAUCCUGCAGUAUACGUGGGAUGUGAUUCGGAGGCUUGAAGAGCCACAGGCAAUGAUGAGAGAAGAGAAUAUGGAAAGGAUUGGGGAGGAGAUGAGACAACUCAUGCAAAAGCUGAAAGAAAAACAGUUCAGUCAUAGUUUGCGGGCAGUUAGCACUGACCCCCCUCACCAUGACCAUCGUGAUGAGUUUUGCCUUAUGCCUUGAAUCAUGUUUUCCCUGAGGUUAACAGGGAGACACCUGCUUUCUAAACUUACAUGUUCAUGAUAUACCUUUGUUGUAAACCUUUUGAUGUCACUCAUUCCUGGUGAGUCUAUUAUUACCUCUAGUUGAAUGUUGUGUUUUUGACCCAAUAUGUAAGAUUUUUGUUAGGGAAAUUUUGCCUACUGCAUGGAAAGAUGCUCAUUAUAUAUUGUGAAGCUAAUAAAGCAGUUUAAAAAAGCAACCUAUGUAUUUUAUUAUU